AUGGUCCCCGAGUCUUGCCAGGAGGCUGGAGAAGCCGAGGAAGAGGCUCUCUCCUCCCUGGUGGACAGAGAGCCGGUCAGUGGCCAUCUGGGACCUCCAGCGUCCACACCUGCAGACCUGGUGGCUCCUGCAGGCCUGAAGGACACCAAGCCCAGCUCCAAGGGCGUGGUCUUCCCCCUCAAGCUGCAGACAGCCAGAGGGCCAGGCCUGAUCAAGCAGCCGGGGUGCUGGCAUUGCAGCUUGGCCCCUGAGUCCCUAGACCCGCGCACCCUGAAGCUGCUGUGGAGGCAGCGGGAACUGGAGAUCCAGGCCCUGCGGUGUGCCAUCCAGGAGCCCCAGAGUGUCCGGCGUGGCCGCAUCCUGCAGGAGGUGGCUGGGCUUCCAUUCGAGAGGAGCUCUCACAGUCAGAAAAAGCUCCUGCAGACCCAGGUGCAGAAGCUGACUCUGGAGUUGAAGGAGCAGAAGGAACAGGCCCAGCUGGUGAGGGGCCAGGGAGCUGGGCGGGGCUUGGCCUUGGGGCGGGGUCUGAGAAGGCCCCACCCACCUGUGGGCCUCCUGGAGCAGGAGAAGGUGCACCUGGAGGAGCAGCUGAUGCAGACCAAGCAGUUGCUGCAGCAGGUGGAGGCGGAACUGCAGGCCAUGGAGAAGUCCUGCCUCCUGCAGCUGGCCCGCUCCUCCUGGAUAGGCCGCAUGCUGCGCUCAUCCACUGGCAGUGUGGAGGUGGUGACUGCGGAAACCCUGAUAGAUCCCAGCGACUUGUCUGAGAACGAUGAGGCCCCCCCUGCGCAGGAGGGUUUCCGGCUCGAAGAUGUUGACUGGAACAGUGUCGCCCAUAGAUACCCCAACCUCUUCGCCACCACCAAGCACCUCGAGCCCCAGCCACCCACGAAGCAACCAGUGGCCCCAGCACCUGAGGAGCGUGGCUCAGAGCCAAGUGUCCACCAGGCGGAGCGGAGCUUAAAGACUGUGGAGUGGAGGCCGCUGCCCUUGGAGGGCACCAGCAGCUCGGGAGGUGCCGAUUCUGACUCUAGCAGCCCCCGGCUGGACCUGAAGUCUCGCAUGCAAAAAGUGACAGGGCACCUGCCCUGGGCACCAGGACACACGUCUGAGCAGACCAAACCGCAGGCUGGGAGCUGCCGCAGGGACUCACAGGCAGAGUCCGAAGGCGGGUGGGGCGCGUCUCCCUGGGUCCUCCUUUUGGCCCAGCCCGCUGGGCCGAGCUUUCUGCCCCGAGCCCUAAAGGGGGUCCCCCAGCCACUGGCCUUCUCUGGAGGCGCUGCAGGCCAGCUGGCCUCACACCAGAUGUCCCCGCUGGGCACUCCAAGGAGUGAGGCAGACCCCAAGCGUGGGGGCAGGAGCGGCUUGCCCCCACGGGGAGAGGCUGGGGGACCCAAGCGACUCGCACACAGGGCCCUGCCUCGCCCCUCCCGCCGCAGCCCGACUGGCUCCUGCCUGAAGAUCGUGGCCGUGAGUCGGCGCGAGAAGUCCGUCCGCAUCGUCAACGAGUCGCUGGAGGAGACUGCGGACCUGGGCGGCUUCGCGCUGCAGCAGCUCCAGCGCGACUUCCCCGUGCGCAUGUACCGCUUCCCGCCGCACACGCUGCUGGCGCCCCAGCACCACGUCACGGUGUGGGGUGAGGGACCUGGCAGCACCAAGAAGCAGCCGCCCUCGUCCCUGGGCCGGGAGACCGUCCACUUCCAGUCCAGCCGGGGCUGCGUGACUCUCCUUCUCAGCCCCAAGGGCGAGGUCAGUGCGGAUCUCGACGGGGGUGUCGGAGGGACGCCUCGCGGGCUGGGGGUGAGCGCGCCCCUCGCGCCCGUAGGUCCUCAGCAAGCACCAGGCCCCGCACUGCGUGACCCAGGUCUCGAAGGUCUUCGACGACAACACCGACUUGUCCAUCGACCGCUUCCUGCUCUCAGAGGCCCAGUCCGAGGCCAACGCCCGCGAGCAGCGGAGCCAGCCCCGACUCCCGCGCGACGGCCGGAUUCGGGAGGCCCGGGUCGGGAGUUCAGGGUGGGCCCCGCGGUCUCUGCCGCGUCCCCCAGCCCCCCGACAGGCCCGUCUCCCACUUCCCCAGGCCCCGUCCCCGCCAGGACCGCCCUUCCCGCGCGCGCGCUCUGGCCCACACCACCCCCUCGCCCGGCCAGGACGCCGGCUCUGCUGCCACGCCUGGGCACCAGCAAGCCCUUCCGCCCGCCCGAGGUGCCAGCGCGGCCCGAGAGCGCAGAGACCGCGACGCGGGAGCUCCUGCCCGCCGUCCCCGGUGAGCACGUGCGGGGACGCGGAGGGAGGGGGCGGCCUGCCCGACCCCCAUCAUUCUCCCACGCAGACCACCGGCCGGGCUUCGCCGACUGCCAGGCUAGGAAGGAGCACAGGGUCCCGGUGUGCCGGAAGACCGUGGACCGAAGCUGCCCGAUGGUGGCGCUGUCGGUGCAGAGCACGGCCGAGAGCAGAUUCGGUUUCCGCUUCCUCAGCUGCCCGCCCAUCACCGUGGACGCGUGCAGGCGGGUGUAGGGCCCAUGUCGGGGCUAUGCAGGUGCCUGUGCUCA